AUGUCUGCUGCAACUGAUUCUACCAACCAGGUCCAAGAAUCCUUGGAAAAGUUGAACCUUUCUGAAGGAUCUGAAGCUGUUGCUCCAACUACUGAAGCUACUGAAGCUGGUGAAGCCACCGAAAAUGGUGAAGCCGGUCAAGUUGCUGAUAUCACUGCUUCUUUGUACGUUGGUGAAUUAAACCCAACUGUCAAUGAAGCUUUAUUAUUUGAAAUUUUCUCCCCAAUUGGACAAGUUUCAUCUAUUAGAGUUUGUCGUGAUGCUGUCUCCAAGAAGUCCCUUGGUUACGCUUACGUCAACUUCCACAAGACUGACGAUGGUGAAAAGGCCAUUGAAGAAUUGAACUAUUCUUUAAUUGAAGGUCGCCCAUGUAGAAUCAUGUGGUCUCAAAGAGAUCCAUCUUUAAGAAGAAACGGUGAUGCAAAUAUUUUCAUUAAGAAUUUGCACCCAGCUAUUGACAACAAGGCUUUACACGAUACUUUCUCUGCCUUCGGUAAGAUCUUAUCCUGUAAGGUUGCCACUGAUGACUUGGGUAACUCCAAGUGUUUCGGUUUCGUUCACUAUGAAACCCCAGAAGCUGCUACCGCUGCCAUUGAAAAUGUUAACGGUAUGCUUUUGAACGACCGUGAAGUCUUUGUUGGAAAGCACGUCUCUAAGAAGGAUAGAGAAUCUAAAUUCGAAGAAAUGAAGGCUAACUUCACCAACAUUUACGCCAAGAACAUUGACUUGGACUACUCUGAAGAAGAAUUCAAGAAGUUAUUCGAACCAUUUGGCGCCAUCACUUCUAUUUACUUAGAAAAGGAUCAAGAAGGUAAAUCCAAGGGUUUCGGUUUUGUUAACUACGAAGCUCAUGAAGCUGCUACCAAGGCUGUUGAAGAAUUGAAUGAUAAGGAAAUCAACGGACAAAAGAUUUACGUUGGUAGAGCCCAAAAGAAGAGAGAAAGAAUGGAAGAAUUGAAGAAACAAUACGAAUCUACUAGAUUAGAAAAAUUAUCUAAAUACCAAGGUGUCAACUUAUUCAUCAAGAACUUGGAUGACACCAUUGACUCUGAAAAGUUGGAAGAAGAAUUCAAACCAUUUGGAUCCAUCACCAGUGCUAGAGUUAUGGUUGACGAUGCUGGUAAAUCUAAGGGAUUCGGUUUCGUUUGUUUCUCCUCUCCAGAAGAAGCUACCAAGGCCAUUACUGAAAUGAAUCAAAGAAUGAUUGCUGGUAAGCCAUUAUAUGUUGCCCUUGCUCAACGUAAAGAUGUGAGAAGAUCCCAAUUAGAACAACAAAUCCAAGCUCGUAACCAAAUGAGAAUGCAAAACGCUGCCGCCACUGGUGGAUUACCAGGUCAAUUCAUUCCACCAAUGUUUUACGGUCAACAACCAGGUUUCUUCCCACCAGGAGGAAGAGGUAAUGCUCCAUUCCCAGGUCCAAACCCUCAAAUGAUGUUGCCAAGAGGUCAAAUCCCACCGCCACAAGGUCAAUGGCCAAGAAAUGGUCCAAACGGUCAACCAGUUCCAGUUUACGGUAUGCCACCAGUUUACGGUGACUUCCCUAACGGUCCAAACGGUAACCGUCAACAAAGACCAGGUAACUACUACCCAAACAACAACAGAAACCAACAACAACAACAGCAACAACAACAACCAAAGGGUGGUCGUAGAGAUUUAGGAGCUUUAAUUGCUAAUUUACCAAUUGAUCAACAAAAGAGAAUUUUAGGUGAAGAAUUAUACCCAAAGAUUGUCUCCACUGGUAAGGCUCAAGAGCCAGAAGCUGCUGGUAAGAUUACUGGUAUGAUGUUGGAUUUAGAUAACCAAGAAAUUUUAGCCUUGUUAGAAGAUGACGAAUUAUUCAGUAACCAUUUCGAAGAUGCUUUAACUGCUUAUGAAGAAUACAAGAAGACCUCUGGAGAAGAAGUUCAAAACUAG